AACACUAAAAGCCUCCAAGAUCUCCUUCCCACUGGCCAAUUCGCAACCUCUUCUUUUUUAUCAUUUUUCUUAGUUUGUAGUCUCAAAUUCCAAAAUUGUAAUCUCUGAUUACAAAAGAUCAACAAGUGAAUUGAUUCUCAAAGAAGAAAUUCAAGUUUUCACAUUGCCAAAGCACGAUGGCCGAGGAAAUCAUAAGCAGGGUGAUUUCAUUUGCUACUGAGCUGAUCGGCAAUGCUUGGGGCUGCGAGGAGGAGCUAAGAGGGCUUGGUGAAUCAUUAACCAUGAUUCGAGCUGUUUUGACUGAUGCUGAGAGAAGACAAGUGAAAGAUGAGUCUGUGAAGCUUUGGCUCCAGAAGCUUGAAGAUGUUGCUUAUGAAGCUGACGAUGUGCUGGACGAGUUUGCAUACGAGAAUCUACGGCAAAAGAUAGAAGUUGGAAACCAGAGAAAGAGAAAGGUACGAGAUAUCUGUUCAACCUCCAAUCCCAUUUUAUUUCGUACCAAGAUGGCGAAAAAAAUUAAGGCUGUUCAGGAAAAACUAGUAAAAGCAAAUGAGUUAGCAAAUGGGUUUGGACUUGAUAGAUUAUUGUCAGUAGAUUCAAAUGUUGAGAUUAUCCCAACUAGAGAGACAGACUCCUUUCUUGAUCAUUCAGAAGUUGUAGGAAGGAAAAGUGAAGUUUCAAAAAUAGUGAGCUUGCUGACUAGUGCGACCAAUCAACAACUCUCAGUCAUUCCUAUAGUCGGCAUGGCUGGUUUGGGAAAGACAACUUUUGCAAAACUAGUGUAUAAUCAUGAGCUAGUAAAAAAACAUUUUGAUAAGACAAUAUGGGUAUGUGUCUCUGAUGAUUUCAAUGAUAAAAAUAUUUUAAGAGGGAUUCUUGAAUCCCUUAUCAAUAACUCAAGUCCUUUAGGAAGUAAGAAUGCAAUACUUCAAAACCUUCAAAAAGAGUUGCAGGGGAAAAAAUAUCUUCUCAUCCUUGAUGAUGUAUGGAAUGAAGAUCCACUAAAAUGGGAUACAUUAAGGGUUUGUUUGUUAGGAAUUAUGUCAAAUACUGGAAACAAUAUCAUUGUUACAACCCGUAGUGACAAGGUGGCAAAAAUCAUGGAGACACAUCCCCGACAUCAUUUAGAAAAACUACCCAAGGAAGAAUGUUGGUCCAUAAUCAAGAAAAGAGUAUCUUCAAUUCCACUAACUCGAGAUUUAGAGGCCAUUGGAAGGGAUAUUGCCAAAAAAUGUGGAGGGGUCCCAUUAGCUGCAAAAGUCCUAGGAGGGAUGAUGUGUCAUAAAAAAGAGAAAAAUGAAUGGUUAGCACUACUAAACAAUGAAAUUUUGAAUUCUCCACAUGGUAGCAAUGGAAUGUUACCAAUAUUAAAAUUGAGCUUUGAUCAUCUUCCAUUACCAUCUCUUAAACAAUGUUUUGCGUAUUGUUCAAUUUUUCCUAAAGAUUAUAGGAUUUACAAGGAAGAAUUAAUUCAGCUUUGGAUGGCUGAAGGGUUUCUUCAACCCUCUCUAGGAAAUUGUUUGGAGAUGGAGGAUAUUGGUAACAGGUAUUUUGAUAUCUUAUUGGGGAAUUCCUUAUUCCAAGAUGAGGAAAAGGAUGGUUAUGAUAAUAUUAUCAUAUGCAAAAUGCAUGAUUUGGUACAUGAUCUUGCUCUCUUAGUUUCAAAAUCAGAGAUCCUAAUUUUAAAUGAGGAUUUAGUAGAUGGUAUCAGCCUUGUACGACAUUUGGUGAUCCAAUCUAAAGGCAAAAGUAUACCACAAAUUCCAUUUUUAAAAGAUGGCGUCAGGAAAUUGCGCACAUUUAUUUCAGAAAAUGCUGCACUUGGUGACACAAUAUUCAAUUUUGAAUGCUUACGUGUUUUAAAAUUAUAUGGAAAAAGUAUAAAAGAAUUGCCAAGUUCAAUUGGCGUAUUAAUACAUUUGAGACUUCUCAGCAUCUCAAGUCCGUACAUCAAAGUGUUACCAAAGGCCAUCACCAAGCUUUACAAUUUGCAAACUUUAAGAAUCGAAGGUUGUUAUAAUCUCAAAGAGCUUCCAGAAGAUCUAAAAAAUUUGAUUAAUUUGAGACAUAUUUAUUUUUAUGGGCAAACACCUAAAGGCUUAGGGCAGUUGACUUGUCUGCAAACUUUGCAAUGUUUUAUUGUGGGUCAAGGCACAGGUUUUCAGAUCGAAGAAUUGGGAAGCUUAAAUCAACUAAAAGGAAAACUAAUCAUCCGUAGGCUAGAGCAUGUGAAAGAUAAAGAAGCCUCCAAAAACGCCAAAUUAGUAGAAAAGGCCAAAGUAUACCAGUUGGGAUUUUACUGGAGUGGGAAUAGAGAAGGCAACCACAAUAAUGAUGAAGAGGUUUUGGAAGGACUCCAACCUCACCGAUAUUUAAAGAGCUUAACAAUUGAUGGUUUUGGAGGGGAGAAAUUCCCAUCAUGGAUGUUGACAAGUCAUGAUGCAAGGGAUGGCUUUUUGCUAUAUGACAAUUUGAUUAAUAUCCAAUUAAUUGGUUGCAAUAAAUGUGAGGUUCUUCCCACUCUCGGGCUUCUACCUUGUCUUAGGGAUCUUGAAAUACAUGGUAUGGAUAAUGUAAGAUCUAUAGGAACCGAGUUUUACGGCAACUAUAAUGACAAAAUAUUGUUCCCGUGUUUGAAAAGUCUUAAACUGUGUUUUAUGCGAAAUCUAGUUGAAUGGACGGAUGCGAUGGAGCCAACAACAACGGGAACGGUGUUUCCUUGCCUUAAGACUUUGACCAUUCAGUUCUGUGAGCAACUGAAAAGUGCUCCAUGUCAUUUUCCUUCUCUUGAGGAAUUAUAUAUUUGGGAAACCAAUAGCACGACAUUUGAAAAAAUUAGUAGCAAGCUUACCACUCUAACGUCUCUCUAUAUUUUGGGAAUUUCAGAACUUGCUUCUUUGCCAGAGCAGUUAUUGAAAAAUAAUUCGAGUCUUAUGUCUUUGAGGAUAGAGAAUUGUGAUGAUUUGGUAUCCCUAUCACCACAUGGGGAUGUAUGGGGCUUCUACACUUCUCUUCGGUCACUGCAAAUAUUAAACUGUAAGAAAUUGAGUUAUUUGCCGGAUGGACUGCACACCCUUCGUUCCCUUGAGAAUUUCGAGGUAAGAUAUUGUCCUAAUCUGAGGUCCUUUCCAAGUAUAAAAGGUGUGGCGUUACUUCUUCGAAGACUAACAAUAUCGUGUAGUAUUGAAGUUCUACCAACUGGGCUAGAAUCAUGUAUAUCUCUAUCGUCAUUGGAGAUAAGUGAGUGUCCAAAUCUGAUAUCAAUUCCAAAUCUACAGGAUUUGCAUUCACUUUCCUCUUUAACAAUUAGAUCUUGUAAAAGAUUGAUGGGUUUGCCAGAUGGGUUAGACUGCCUCACCCGCUUGAAGGAUUUGAGUAUUGGUCGGUUUUGUGAGGAGUUGGAUGCUUUCCCUAGUCUCAGUUCCAUCCAACACGCAUCCCUUGAAAGUCUAGCACUGUAUGGAUGGGCUAAACUCAACUCUCUCCCAGACGAUAUUCAACGAUUUACUGCCCUAACAUACCUCUGGAUAUGGAAUUUUGACCAGAUGGAAGCUUUGCCUGAGUGGUUGGGCAACCUUUCUUCUGUUCGACAGUUGUAUCUUGGGGAAUGCAUGAACCUGAUGAAAGAUGUGUGA